AUGGAACUCCUUGUCAUCAGCUGUACUCCUGUCUCCAGCAGACUCAUCUCCAUCCGCAUCUUAGCUAGGCCACACAACAUGACCAUCAUCCAAGUGUCCGUCCCAACUUCAGACAACGAUGAUGAGGAAGUUGAGGAGGUCUACAUAUGCCUUGGGUUGCUAGAGUUUGCCAAGAGUCACCGCCUCACCCUGGCCAACACUCGCCACCCUCAUCACAAGCUGUUCAGAACUGCUAGUACCUGGCACUCACCAAACGCACAAACACACAACCAGAUCGACUUCAUACUGGUUCCACAACGCUUCAAAUUUAGCGUCAACAAGGCCAACAAGAGAACUUUCCUCGGCGCCGACAUCGGUAGCGAACACGACCUUGUGCUGCCAACCUUCACGCUGAAGCUGAAAGUCAAGCGCUGUCCCCGAGAGCCCCCGAAUCUGCUUUGA